GGACCGCAAGUUGUUGAUGAACACUACUAUACAGUCCAAGGAUGUGUGCCCAGUCUCGAAUCCCAAAUAAACCGUUUAAAUUCCCUUACGCAUCUUUUGUUACAUUUUGGCUUUGCCGGCUACCCUGAAAAUAAAAAACACUUGUACUCGUGGUGAUUACCCUAGUGAGCAGACAUUUUAAAGCACGCAUCACAUCCACGUACGACUUUACGCAUGUUUCUUCUUCCUAGUCCAAGAAAAAGGGCCUAAGUCUUGAGGAGAAGCGGGAAAAGAUGAUGGAGUUCUUUUACGAAAAAAAGGACUUCUUUCAGCUAAGAGAACUUGAACGCAUGUGCCACAAAGAGAAGGGCAUAAAUUCCAUGUCAGUUAAAGAUGUUUUGAUGAGCUUGGUACAUGAUGGGAUGGUUGAUACUGAUAAAAUUGGAACUUGCGUGUAUUUCUGGGCUUUUCCAAACAAAGCGACACAGAAGCACAAAUCCACCAUACGUAGAUUGAAGGAAGAUAUCGAGUCAACAAAGACCCAAGUCGCAAAAUGGGAACAUGAACUUAUGCUUGCAAGUUCAGUUCGUGAAGAAACCCCGGGGCGACUGGAGUUGCUCGACGAGCUUCAAACGAAGAGGAUGCGCCUCGCGCAAUUGACUUCCGAAUUACAGGACCUACAGAAAUUUGAUCCUACACGCCUAGCUGAGUUAGAUAAGGACCGCCGAAUGGCUCUUGAUGCGGCGAAUAGAUGGACCGGGUCAGAACAUCAAUGGAACUCCUUGCAAAGUUAACCACUAUCGGUGUCAUGUCGCAGAACAGUCAACGCAAGAGGGUACAAAUCUAAGCACCGUUGAGAUUAAACUAGCUGUGCAAACUUGAGUGUCUGGUAGAGCGUGAAUCUUAUGUAGGUAUAUACUUACCACGCGAAAAAUGUGCAACGCUAAGCUUUUGCAUAUUCACUGGUUCGUACCACAGUG